AGGCACCAGCUGCAAUGCAGCAUCGGCACUAGUUUCUUUCGGGUAGUUCCAGAACACGCAAUUGAGCUACUACUGCUAGGUUCUAAAAGUACAUUUUUUUUAGUCUCAAACUCAAAGCAAGAGCAAAAAGAUGUGUUACGGUCAUUGGAUGCAGUGCUCUUUUAUGAGCGGGCCACCCGCUUUCGGUCGACGUGAUCAGCCUGAUUCGCAGAAGAAAUCCGUCAUCACUGAAAAAGACUUGUACGAAAUCCCGAACAAGUGCACUCGCGUCUCCAGGGAUCACGAAAUCUCUGUUUUUGCUUUGGAGUACAACAUCCUCAGGGGCGAAGAGGACAUGGGAGGUGCUGCUGGCACUGGAGCUGCCGCAAAUGGUAGUUCUGGAAGUGCGGUGAAUGGCUCUGCUGCUGGAGGAAGCAAAAAAGCAGAUGAGAUCACAGCGGGAACCAAGACUGUUGGAGGAACGCACUUCGUUGGUGGGGUCCGACGUCGAUGGGAGCGAAAGCAGAUGUCGUUCGCGGACAGAGGAGUCAUUUUCGGUUCCGCAACGGAUUUAGAAGGCCAAGUCCUGAACCGCGAUUCGUCUGUGGAACGGCAGCACUGCGCUUUGCUGCACAACCAAGGGAAGCUGUUCUUGAAGCCGAUCAACGGUUUAACGAAAUUGUUGUCUGUUCCUCAUGUCCACGAGUUGUUAUCUGGACCACCAGGCGGAGCAGGUGUGGAUGGUACCACGACGACAGGAGUAAUCAAUAGCGGAACAAUCACUACCAUGUUGAAUGGAGGUGGAGGAACAGAAACUGGUAAAAAUGGCGCUGGAACUUCCGGUGCCAAUGGAAUAACACCCGAUGCUGACAAGAACUGCAAAUCCUUAGGACCUACCACUCUAGUAGAAAACCAGAAGAAGAUCAAGUGCAUCGACUUAGCCGGCAACGACAAACUGAGAAAGUUGACACGAGGGUUUUGCUGUUUCCAAUUGGGUGACUCGAGUACGAUCUACUACGUGGAAGCCAAAACAGUCAAUAGUGGAUCGAAUCUUUUGCCACUGGGCGAUGAUGAAUAUGAUCCGAUCCUAGGUGCAUCUGGUGGAGCAGACAAGGAGAAAGAAAAGGAGAAGGAGAAAGAUAAAGUACACUUUACAACAAAGUUGCUGGAUGAUCACUUGAGUUUCUUACUCUAUGUGCCACUUACGUCAUAUCUAAGAUGAUACCAAUUCGAUAGAUAAUUGUAAUUCCACCAGGUUCAACUUUUUACAACUUGUUCUUGUUCAACUUUUUUUGUCAAAUAUAUUUCUUAAAGAAAUUUAUUCACCUCAACUCAUCCACCUUCAGGACCGCGACUAUCGACGAGCAAGUAAGGAUGAGCGCGGUGAGCGUGGCCGAAGGGAUGAGGAGCGUGAUCGCGAUGAGCGAGGUCGCGACGAGCGAGGUCGCAGAGACCACUACAGAGACGAACGCAGUCGUAGUAGGGAAAGGCGCGGUUACGACAGAGAUAGACGGGAUCCAGAUCGUCGCCGAUAGAUGUACGAGGCGUGGAUUUUUCGAGAUACAACUAGGGAGAACUCUGUUGAUGAUUUAAGAAUCCGCAAGUCGUGAUGAAAAUACUCAUGAUGAACAAAAACAACCACUGAACAAAGCCAACAAGGUUUAGGGUUACGUCAUAUGUUCGUCAUACCCCAAAUAAUUUGGGUUUCCCUAUUUUCAUUCAAGUUGCAAGAAUCAAAAUUGAUGUGCUGAUGUUGUUUUCAGUCAAAAAUUCUAAUUCUUUCAAUGCUCCCGCAACACAGAUUGAAAUUCUUUCCUGAAGACAACUUGUAAAUGAUAUUUUUACCCAAUAAAAAUGACCCCUCUCCACUGUCUCACUUGUAUUCCAAGGCUUCUGUUCAAC